AUGGACAUGAAGUGCAAGGCGAGUGGUGGUCGGAUGAGGCAGGCAUCCGUUGGAGGGUCGGUAGGGAUAACGGAGUCUGUUCGUACUGUGAGUAAUGAGCUGGUGCAUCUGCGGCCACGGGACGUACGUGCUGCAGUGAGUUCAUUGUUGGCUGCGCUCAAGUUGUAUGGUCCGGAGGGUGUGACGGUGGCUUUUAAUGGUGGUAAAGAUGCAACUGUUGUACUCGCACUCUACUGUGCGGCAUUAGCACACACUUAUGCCGCACACACUUAUGACCAAAAUGGUCAUAGCCAUGGACAGCGGACCGCGAAUCGCCCGUUGUCCGGACGCCAUAAGCCGCGCGCAGUCUGGUUCCAUGACGCCGAGGAAUUCGAAGUUGUUGAAGCCUUUGUUCGCGAUCAAGCCGACCUCUGGGACCUCGACCUCCUCGUCGCCGAAGGACGUUGGGAUCAGGAGAUCGACCGCCUCGUCCGCAGCCAAAGUGAUGGUGCCGGCCACCCCGCCUUCGUGCUAGGCGUACGAAACACCGAUAUGCAAGGCCGGACUCGGGGAGACCCGCAAGACGGGACGGAGCCACUAGCGCACGGUGCUGACCAGGAUAGUGGUGAACAACAUGGCGGUGAACAGGAUGCUGGUGACCAGGAUGGUGUCGGGAACGUCACGGCCUGGGGGAAAGAAUUGACGGCGACGCGCCCCCCCUCGACAGCGACGAGUGGGUCCGGAUUAGAACAGGCUGCAUUGGACGCCAUGGUGAGCAGGCGGCGCUAUGGUGUGUUCGAGCCGUCCAGUACAGAGGCCCCAUUCAUGCGCGUGCACCCAAUCAUCGAAUGGACUUACGGCAUGGUCUGGGACUGCAUUGCGCUUAUGCAGGUGCCCUACUGCUCCCUCUACGACACCGGCUACACCUCGAUCGGCAAACUGGACAGCACCGCCAAAAACGAACAUCUUAAGGACGAACAAGGCAAUUUCAGACACGCCUCACAACUCUGCCCCACCAAGUGGAGCUCAGAACGCGACGGACGCGAACUGUAA